AUGUAUCUGGUUUUGCUCGACCCAAAGACCUGGACAGAAGCUCAGUCGUACUGCAGAGAGGAACACGUGGAUCUGGCGACGGUUCAGAGCGACAAAGACAGAGCCAAACUGAAGGAGGCAGCGAACGACGAGAGCUUUCAGUCUUUCGCCUGGAUCGCUUUACAACGGCGCGUCCUCGCCUGGCGCUGGUCGUAUCUGAACGCGGCGAGCAGCUUCACGAAGUGGGAGUCCUGGGAGCCGGACACGUCCCGCACCGAAGAGGCCUGUGCGUUCAUAGACGGAAACCGGCUCUGGGGAGAUGCGUCCUGUACUCAGGAAAAUACUUCUUCUGUCAAACUGGUAAGAAAUUAUACAACACUUAUAAUCUGGAGGAAUGGGAGAAAAAACAAUAUUGAGAGACGAGAGGGGAAGCCAGACGACGAGCAAGAGUCCAGACGCUCCAGUAAAGAGAAGAAACUGGACAAGAGCCAGACUCAAGACAAGUUUAAGUUCAUCCAGACGAGCCUGAAUUGGCGUGAAGCUCAGGUUUACUGCAGGACGCUGUACACGGACCUGGCCACCGUCACAGACGACAGCGAGAACACGGCCCUCGCCGAUCUGAUGUAUAAAAACAAUGUCUGGGAAGCCUGGAUCGGCCUGUCCAAGAACCUGUGGCUGUGGUCGGACGGGACCGGCGUGUCGCGGGCCUCGGUGACGUGGGAGUCUGGACAGCCUGAUAACGUGAACGGAGACGAGGAGUGUGCGUGUGCCGGGACCGAAGGACAGACGGCGGACGACGCCUGCUCCACCCGCCGGCCGUUCUACUGUAAAACAUACGAUCUUAUGAAAAAACAGCUUGUGAGAGUGUCCUUCAAAUCAUCUGGACAUCUGGACCCAUCUGCAGCGAUGCAGGCCUUCGAGGAGAAGAUGAAUCAGAUCCUCUCAGAUCAGGGAAUGAACGCUGGAUCCAGCGUGACGUGGAGAGUCCAGCCCGACGGGGAGAUCUUCCAGCAGACAAACACCACAGAAACGAGGCCAUCGGCGUGUGAAGAGCAGGAUGAGACGCUCUCCAACGUGUAA